CAGAGACCUGGCUGGUGGUUGCACUCUUGAGGGUGCUAGUCCAUUUCCUGGGGUGUAGUUUCCCCUCAUGGUGCAGGGACUGCAGCCUGACUGGAGCCUUUCUGCGUCUGUAGGGACCUUUCCUGUGGACCUCACCAAAACGCGCCUGCAGGUGCAAGGGCAGAGCAUUGAUGCCCGCUUCAGAGAGAUCAAGUACCGGGGCAUGUUCCAUGCCUUGUUCCGCAUCUAUAAGGAGGAGGGGAUUCUGGCGCUCUAUUCCGGGAUUGCUCCUGCAUUGCUGAGACAGGCAUCUUAUGGCACCAUAAAGAUCGGCAUUUACCAGAGCCUGAAGCGCUUGUUUGUAGAUCGCUUAGAAGAUGAGACGCUGCUAAUCAACAUGAUCUGUGGGGUGGUCUCAGGGGUGAUCUCGUCCACGCUGGCCAACCCAACAGAUGUGCUGAAGAUUCGAAUGCAGGCUCAAGGCAGCUUAUUCCAGGGGGGCAUGAUUGGCAGCUUCAUCGAUAUCUACCAACAGGAAGGCACCCGGGGGCUCUGGAGGACAAACGCACACGAGCGGGGAGGAGAGGAUAGAACAGGAAGGAAACGUCUGUCUCGCGGGCGCGUGCUGCAGGCAGGAGACAGUGCCCAGCCAGGGGGUGGUCCCCACGGCGCAGCGAGCUGCCAUUGUGGUUGGGGUAGAGCUGCCAGUCUACGACAUCACCAAGAAGCACCUGAUCCUCUCUGGAUUGAUGGGGGACACGAUCCUCGCCCACUUUGUUUCCAGUUUUACGUGCGGGCUGGCUGGAGCCCUGGCCUCCAACCCAGUGGACGUGGUGCGGACGCGGAUGAUGAACCAGAGGGCCAUAGUGGGGAGCGUGGAGCUCUACAAAGGCACGCUGGAUGGCCUGUUAAAGACGUGGAAGAGCGAGGGCUUCUUUGCCCUCUACAAAGGGUUCUGGCCCAACUGGCUCCGGCUUGGCCCUUGGAACAUCAUUUUUUUUAUCACCUAUGAGCAGCUGAAGCGACUCCCGUUCUAGGGCUGCCUCCGUCCGCGAGCACAGCCUGCAAGAUGUGCAGUUUAAAGAGCAUCCUGUCACCUUUCACUCAUUUCACCUCCUGAGUCGGGAUGUCUUGCCACGUGUGGAUUGGGACCACAGGCCCUUGAGCGGGUGGGCCCUGGUGAUCUAGGGGUACCAUUGACUGCUAGCGUCUGGGCCUGAGGCGAUGUCUUCUGUGAAGACCGAUGUGGUGCAGUGGCCACGCUCUACAGCUCCGGUGCGUUCUGGUUGGCUGGUGCGCCUUGCUGCACCCUGCUAGAGUGGGGCAGCCGUGCUCUGCAGGCCUGUAACCUCAUUAAAUAAUUUAUUGACAGGACUGCCUGGGCUUGUCUGUUGCUUUGGUGCUGAUUC